AUGGACGCCUUGGCCUCUGCGGUGGUCAGCGACCUCAUCGGCCGGUGCCUCUCCUUCCUCAUCGCCAGGUACCAGAAGCAUGCCGCCGCCAGCAAACUUGGGAGGCUGCACCGUCUCCUCCUGCGUGCUCGCGCCGUCAUCGAGGAGGCCGAGACGCGGCACAUCACCAACCGCGGUAUGCUCCUGCAGCUCGGCCGUCUCAGGGAGGGCAUGUACCGGGGCCACUACGUUCUCGACGCCUCCCGGAGGCUCGCCGCCGUCAGCACAAGAAGGCGCGUCCUCGCGGCGCGCCGAUCCUCCUCCUCCUCGCCGUACUUCGACGCGGCGGCGGUCGUCGACGGCAACAACGGUGAAGGAGCAGUGGAGGUAAGCGGAGACAGCAUGAACGAGCUCCAGGCCGUCGUUGACAGCCUCGAGGCCGUGCUCGGCGACAUGAAGGAGUUCGUCGUGUUCCUCGGCGGCUACCCGCGCGUCGGUCGCCAGCCGUACAGCACGUAUCUGCACAUGGGCCGGUGCAUGUUUGGCCGGCACGGCGAGAUGGAGAGGGUUAUCGAGUUCCUGCUGCGGCCUUGCUCGCUUCCCGGAGUCCUCCCCAUCACCGGCCCACCGGAGGUUGGGAAGAAGACUCUCGUGGAGCACGUCUGCGCCGACGACAGGGUGCGGAAGCAAUUCCCUCUGAUCACCCAUCUCUGCGGCGACGAACUUGGAGACGGCGAAUAUGAUCUGAUUCCUGAGCACCAGGAACACGUCCCGAGCGGCGGGGGAUCACUGAUCAUCGUCGAGUUUGCCGGUGCGCCGGAUGCCUCAGCUUGGAGAAGGUUCUACUCCUCUGUUAGCAACAGCGACAAAUCAAGCAAGAUCAUCGUCAUCAGCCAAACAGAGCAGGUCUCAACUCUAGGAACGGGACAGGCACUGAGGCUGGCAACCCUGCACAAAGAAGAAUACUGGCACUUCUUCAAGGUCCUCGCCUUCGGCAGCGCCGACCCGGGCGACCACCCGGAGCUCGCUUCCAUCGCCAUGGACCUCGUGGACGAGCUCAAGGGGUCGUUCAUGGCCGCCAACAUCCUCUCCCGGCUGAUGCACUCGAGCAUGGACGCGCGGUUCUGGCGCCGCGUGCUGGAGGUGGUCAGGCGCGGCGUGCGCGCCAACUACACCGCCUUCGGCGAGCACCCGAGCCGGCUGCCGGGCCGCAGCAGGCUCGCCUACCUCUGCGGCGCCGCCGAGGACGCGCCGCUCUGCUUCUACUACGACUGGCGCAAGCAGACGGGGACGUGGCGACCCGGUCCGGCGCAGAGCGCCGAGCUUCCCAAGGUGACGCUGCAGGACGUGCUCGACGGCCGCGCCGUGCCCCGUGGCGAGGACAAGAUGGGCGUGCUAGCAUGGCGGUCCCCUAUACCGCCCUACUACAACUACGUCACGAAUUGCGCCGUGGAAGCGGCGGCGGAGAGCCUGGCCGUGACGAGAAGCAGUUAUUUGAAGAGGAAGAGACUAAGGUAG